UUUUACAGAGCUGUACCUUCAAAUGAAUAUACCAUAAUUUGACAAAUAAUACUUGUUGAUUUGUGUUGCAAUGCUACAUUUGAUCUGGUGUGUGUUGUGUUAAUGAAUAAAAAAAUGAAUAUAAUAACUCAAAAAUAAUGACAGAAAUGUCUGAUUAUGAAAUGUCUCUCCCUAUAUAUUGUUCUGCAAAAGCUAAUAAACUCAUUAUGCAAUAUGUUUUUCAAGGUCUGGAAAUCAUCCGGUUAACAGAGACAUUUACAUUUAAUCCAAAAGAGGGAAUAGACAACCCAGUGAUGGUCACCAUAGAAGAUGCAGACUCUGUGUCCACACCCAGCCCACGUCUGUGUGUUCUUAAACGAGACGAAGGGGAGUCCUACGGCUUUAAUCUGCGGGUGGAGAGGGGACGCCAGGGUCACAUCGUCAGAAAUGUAGUGUCAGGAGGCGUGGCAGGGUUCAGUGGCCUUAAGGAUGGAGACAGGCUUCUGGAAGUCAACAACUGCUUUGUGGAGGACAUCCCUCACCCUGAGGUGGCUGGGAAGAUAAGGCUCAGUGGAAAUCAGUUAUGUUUAUUAUUGUUGGAUGGCGAGGAGUACGAGCAGGCUGUGUCCCGAGGUGAAGACCUUCAAAGUCUGGUCAGUGCGCACAAGGGCGAGGGCUGCAGACCACCCAGACUCUGCCACAUCACCAGGGAUCCAGCCUCAGGUCUGGGCAUCAACUUCACACCCGUGGAAGGAACAGGAGGUCGCUUCUCUGUGAGCCUGGCAGCAGGAGGUGCAGCGGAAAAGGCUGGGGUGUGUAAAGGAGAUCACCUAGUGUGGAUAGAUGGAACAACAGUGUCUGAUUUCACACACUCCGCACUCAGCAGGAUGAUUAAAAAAUGUGGCAAUCACAUCACCAUCCUUGUGAUUGACGGUGAGAGUGAGAAGAACUACCUGCGUCAGAGGAGGCCCAUUCUGCCCGCCAUGGCUGUUCCACAUAACCUGCCUCACAGAGCCAGAAGACUCCACCUGGUGUCAGAGGCCGACACCUACGGCUUCCUGCUUAGGCUGGAGAAGGCAGCAUCAGGACGCAAAUCUCAUGUUCUGCGUGCGAUGGAGAGUGGCAGUCCUGCAGAGAAAGCAGGUAUGAAGGAUGGAGAGCUGCUGCUGGAGGUCAAUGGGGAGGCGGUGGAGUCAUUGAAGCAUGAGGAGAUAGUUGACAGAGUGAGACAAAGUGGAGAACAGAUAUCUCUCACCACCAUCAGUCUCGUGGGGCUGGAGUUUUACACCCAGUUGGGUCUAUCCCCGCUUCUCUUCUGUGAGGAUGCUGCUGUCGAGAGAGAAAAGGAGAGCAGCGUAUCAGCCUCUGCAGCAGAGCAGGCUCCACAAAAGGAAAUGGAUGACUCAUGUAAGCUCAGAUACUGCUCCGUCCGAAAAGGCCCUUUGGGGUUCGGCUUUAACCUGGACAGUGUUCCACAGGGUCCUGGGACCUUCAUCAGUCAGAUGGCUUUUGGGGGCUCUGGUCAGAGAGCUGGACUGUGCGUGGGUGAUGUUGUGAUGGAGGUCGAUGGGCAAAAUGUGGAAGAUAAGUCUCUGGAGGACGUGAUUAUGCUUGUGAAAGAAGGAGGACAUUUUAUUUCUUUACUAGUCAUGUAUAAGACUAACAUGAGGCGCGAGCAGACUGACACACCGACAAGAGACAUCCCUGACAGUGAGGUGAAGAAAUGAGGAAGAAAAUAAUGAGAUAUCAUGUCUGUGAGUGACAAAGAUACUCACCCUAUAGUGAAGACAUUCUGCAUCCCAUACGUCUACUGAAGAGACUUCAAACUGAGCUGAACAAAAAUAAUGAUUGUUUAACAUAGUAUGAUUAUUAAUAUUAUUAUAAACACUCUUCACAUUAUUUUUCUUCUUAUAAAUAUUUUAUAUGUAUUAUUGGUAAUAACAGCAUUACUGUAUAUUGGUCAAAAAUGCUUUUUUCUAAUCCCAGGGUUUCACAAAGAACACUAAAAGAUGAAAAGAUUUUUAAAAAUAAGCUAAUAUAUAGUAAGAGUGUCAGUUGAAGAAAUGUUGCAAUGUGUAAUAGUGUAUGAUAUAAAAAUAACGUUUACAAAUGUACUAUAACUGAUAAUGCAGAAAAUAUAUGGUCAAUUGUGAUCUCAAUCUGAAAUACUUCCAUGACUUAAACUCAGUGGUGUAAGUAUGUAUUCAAAGUCUGUACUUAAGUACAAUUUUGAGGUACUUGUACUUUACUUGAGUAUUUCCAUUUUAUGCUACUUUGUACUUUUAUACUACAAUUCAGAGUUAAAUAUUUUACUUUUACUCCACGACAUUAACGUAGUACCUUUAGUUACUUUGCUGAUAUGGAAUAAUGAUAUGUGAUCAACACUUAAAUAAGACUUUAGUUACACCGUGAUUACAUUCACAUGCUAGCAGUAAAUUAAGUAAUUAAAAUGAGUUCCACCUUUACCGGCUGGGAUAAUCAUAUUUAAACAUCAAUAAUUAUAAUCAUAACAAUGAUUAUCUUUACUCUUGGUCAUUUAAUUAUAUUUUGACGCCAAUGCUUUUGUACUUUUACUUGAGUAAUAUUUUGAAUGCAGGACUUUUAAUUGUAACAGAGUAUUCCUACACUUUGUAAGGCUACUUCUAUUUUUCCUUAAGUACAAGAUCUGAGUACUUCUCCCACCUCUGCUUAAAGUACCGGAAACUGUAUAAACUAAAAUGUAAUAAAACAAUACCUAUUAAAUGUU